AUGAUGCGGAGGAGAGGGCCGAGCGCCUCCAGCGGGAAGUGGAGGGAGAGAGGCGGGCCCGGGAGCAGAGGUAUGAAGGUGAGUGAAAAUCGGGCUCUAAAAGAUGAAGAAAAGAUGGAGCUCCAGGAAAUCCAGCUAAAGGAAGCAAAGCACAUUGCAGAAGAGGCCGAUAAGAAGUAUGAAGAGGUGGCUCAUAAGUUGGUGAUUAUUGAAGGAGUCUUGGAACGCACGGAGGAACGUGCUGAGCUGGCCGAGUCCCGUUGCCAAGAGAUGGACGAGCAGAUCAGACUGAUGGACCAGAACCUGAAGUGUCUGAGUGCUGCUGAAGAAAAGUACUCUCAAAAAGAAGACAAGUAUGAAGAAGAAAUAAAGAUUCUUACUGAUAAACUCAAGGAGGCAGAGACCCGUGCUGAGUUUGCUGAAAGAUCAGUAGCCAAGCUGGAGAAGACCAUUGAUGAAUUGGAAGAUAAGCUGAAGUGCACCAAAGAGGAGCAUCUAUGUACACAAAGGAUGCUGGACCAGACCCUGCUGGACCUGAACGAGAUGUAGACCUUCCCCCAUCCUUGCCCUGUGGCCGCUCCUCCCUCUGACCCUGAUUCUGCCUG